CAAACUUCAAUCCUAUUAAACCACCAUCCUCCUACCUUCUUCCUCCUCCUUGAAAUCCCUCAUUCCAAACACCGUUUAUUUAAAAACAAAAACUGCAAAAAUGCCACCCCUCCUAACGCCCCACGAACUCCUCCGCAAAAACCCCGAACCACACUCCCAAAUCUUCGUCCACAACCUACAAACCACGCUCCCCCUCGCACGCGACGCCUGGGGGCGGCCCUCCAAGCCUCAACCCCUCUUAAUAUCCUGCGCUCUCUCCCUCCGGUACCCUUUCUCAUCCACCUCCGCCUCCGACAAUCUCACAAACGCAACAAUCCACUACGGGAUAUUAUCCAAAGCAAUAUUAGAAGCAUGCCAAGAGUUCAGAGAGCUAUGCGAGGACGAGGUCAUGCCUGUGCCAAUGCAUAUCAAAGCCUUGGUUUGCUAUCUGCAGUUUUAUCUUACGGGGUGCGAUACACUGCCUAGAAUCCCAUCCUAUGUUACUCUUCCUACAAAUCAAAACUCGACAUCGGCGUCGAAAAGUGGUAAAGAAGGGAAGCCGAGGGAGCCGUUAGUCCCCUGCUCGAUGUUAAAUGCUCUUUCGUUAGAGGUUGUGUUACCAAAAGCGAGCUUGAUGGGCUCAGGGAUCAGUUUAAAAGGCGACUUUGUCUAUGAGGAAAGGCACCAUGGGCCGAGCGCGUAUAGCAUGGUGUUGAAGCUCCACGAGCUAAGGGUCCCGACUAUUGUUGGGGUAAAUGGGAAUGAGAGGAAGGCAAAGCAGGUUGUGGUUUGUAGUGUGGAAAUGGAGAGGUGGGAUAGGAUGGUUGAUGCUUACAAUGAGUUGGAGGAGAUUGUAGUUAAGAGCAUAGAAGAAUCCGCCUUCCAAACCCUCGAAGCCCUCUGCACCCACCUCGCCCACCGGAUAAUAACAUAUUUCCUACUCCCUCACUACCCUCUACCAUCCUCACCGCUCGCUCAUUCCCACCAACUCACCCCCUCUCAACCGCAACCCCUUCCACACUCACACCUCGACACCUCGCACCAUCCCCACCAAACCGCCCAGUCGCAAAUCACCCAUUCCCCUUCACAAUCUCCAACCCAUACAACCUGGAACUACCAACGCAUCCGCAUCUCCCUCUCCAAACCAACAGCCGUAACCUUCGCCGACGCACCCUCCGUCUCUAUACUCCUCGAUUCCGACCCGAGUACGAGUCAAGACGUGAAGGAGCUGUGGCGAAAGAGGGAAGGGGGAAUGGAAGGAAGGGUUGGUGAUCUGGUGCGAGAGUUGGGGGAUAGAGGAGAGGACGUGAGGAGAGUGAAGGCUGAUAUACGGUGCCUGGGUGAGGAAGAUGGAGUUCGGGAUCGAAGUAAGGUGUGAGGAAGUUUGGUUGGACAGUCAAAUUUGGUUAAUCGGAAAAGAAACAAGAAAGCACGGAACAUUGAUUACUGAAGAAGUAGUUUUGAA